GAUGUCUGACGCAGGAGAUGACAUUCAAAUCGACGCACCUGUCGAGGAAGUUGCCGCCGAGGCGCCCAAGGGCAAGCUUUCUGUUGAAGAUGCACUUCAGCAAGUCCUGAAGAACGCUCUUGUCCAUGACGGUCUUGCUCGCGGUCUCCGGGAAUGUGCCAAGGCCCUGGACAAGCGUCAAGCCCACCUUUGUGUUCUCGUCGAGACUUGCACAGAAGCCGAGUACAUCAAGCUUAUUGAGGCUCUCUGUGCCGAGCACAAGAUUAACCUCAUCAAGGUCGGUGACGCCAAGGUAUUGGGAACAUGGGCCGGCUUGUGCAAGAUCGACCGUGAGGGUAACCCCCGCAAGGUCGUCGGAUGCAGCUGUGUUGUUGUCAAGGACUAUGGUGUCGAGAGUGAGGGCCUUCACGUCGUUCUGGAUUACUUCAAGAACCGUUAAAGUACUGCCUUGAAUAUUUGCAUAACUGAAUUGUGUCCUUGUCAAUGAUAUAUGCAUGUCCUUCCAAGUGUGUUGAUUUGUGCUUUGAGUUUGCCGAGCGAAACAGAAACAUUCGCUCAAGAUAUGUGACUGUCUGAACGACCCCAAUAUUGGCGGUAGCUUACAUCGAUCGUCGUUAUAUGCGUUACGAAUGUACAGCAGUAUGUGAUGGCUAUGCAAGGUACCUUAGAGCACCCUUGUUGGGC